AUGAAAUUCAAAUUCCAAAAAACCUAACAAAAUCCACCGUUGAUUUCCUCACCACUGGCUGCACCGAAAGCAUUCAACAUGAAAAGAAAGAGAAACUCUCUAGAAUCAUCAUUCAUGGCUAUGGCUUCUUCUUCUUCCAUUAAAACUAGAAGCAACACCAUAACAAUGCUUUCAGAAGGUAUUUAUUUACCUGAUGAAUGUUGGGAGUCUGUCCUGAAGUUCCUCAUCGACUACGACACUGACGACAACCACCGUCGCUACUUUCAUCUAAAGUCUCUUUCCCUCGUCUCCAAACAGUUACUCUCCGUCACAAAUCGUCUUCGAUCAUCUCUCACUAUCUAUUAUCCAACAUGCCAACUCUUUUCUAACCUCUUCCGUAGAUUCUCCAACAUCGUCUCCCUCAACCUAUCCUCAUAUUACGGUGACCUCAACGAUGUUCUUAUCCAAAUUUCUCAUUUUCCAUUGAACAUCUCAUCACUGAAUCUUUCCAACCAACUCAAGAUUCCAGCAAAGGGAUUGCGAGCUUUCUCCCAAAACAUUGCAUCUUUGACAUCUCUCAUAUGUUCCAACAUUGCUACUCUCUAUGACACCGACCUGUUACUCAUUGCGGAUCGCUUCCCUUUCCUCCAAGAACUUGACCUCAGUAACCCUACACAAUUCAAAUUUGACAGAAAAUACGUGUCUAUCUCGGCACAGGUUUUUUCAUUGGCUCUUUCCGAAAUCCGCAAAGUUAAUCUUUCUCAUGACAACAUUUUCUUCCACUCUUUGGUCUUUUACUUAUUCAAGAACUGUAAAUUUCUCAAAGAGAUUAUCAUGAUUGACUAUUGUAAAAUCAUUAAGAUGGCUUCUGUUGUCCGCAAGAGACCAACAUUGAGGUCUUUAUCCAAUUCCAAUUUCAAUAAUACCCCACAUUUUGGUCACUUCGCUUCAUAUUUCAUUGCUUCAUUGGUGUGUUUAAAGAGUUUGACUUCUCUUGAUUUGUUCGCUUGGAAAAUAUCUGAUGAGUUGCUCACCUCUAUAGCAAGGGAGGGUCUUCCUUUGACAAAACUUUUCCUCCGAAAUUGUGUCGGUUAUAGUUAUAAUGGAAUUUUUUGUUUGUUAUCCAAAUGUCAAGGUAUGCAAUAUUUGGAUCUUCAAAAGGCUGAUUUUCUAAAUGAUCAACAUGUCACGGAGUUAUCUUUGUUACUGGGUAAUUUGGUGUCUAUAAACCUUAGUAAAUGUAGCAUGCUAACAGAAUCCACCUUGUUUUCACUCAUUAGUAACUGUCCUUCACUUAUUGAGAUCAAAAUGGAAUGGACAUCUAUAGGAAAAGAGAGUGUAGAGAAGAAUUCUAGUUCUUUGAUGGAUUGUAGAGUAAACUAUCGACUAAAGUCUCUCUAUUUGGGUCAUUGUCUAGAGUUAAGAGAUGAAACCAUCAUAAUGUUGUCUUCUAUUUUUCCCAGUUUGCAGCUGCUUGAUUUGACUUCUUGCGAAUUUAUAUCUGACGAAGGUAUUGAUCAAAUUUUAAAGAGAUUUUGUAACAUUAGACAUUUGAGCUUAGCCAAUUGUUCAAGAGUGAAGCUACUUGUUGGAAUGAAUUUUGAAGUUCCUAAAUUGGAGGUGUUGAAUUUGUCACUUACAAGAGUUGACGAUGAAACACUUUAUGCGAUCUCAAAGGGUUGUCGUGGCCUUUUGCAACUGUACCUUGAAAAUUGUGAUUGCAUCACAAAGAAAGGAGUGAAACAUGUGGUAGAAAACUGUACACAACUGAGAGAGAUCAAUUUACGAGACUGUCAUAAAGUGCCAGCUAAUGUUUCUUCGAUAUUAUUUUCAAGUCUCUCUUUAAGAAAGAUAGUUGCUCCACCUCGUUUUCAUUUCAGUGAAAGAAAGAUGAAACUCUUCUCACGUCAUGGAUGCCUUAUUUCCUACCAAAGUUCAAAUUCUUAAAUGUUAGAUAUUUUUGUUUUGGUUUUUACUUCUAUAUCAUAUUUACUUUUAUAAGAUUCUCGUGUCAUACCUAUUGCAUCCCUCAUUGGCAACAUGAACUUUACAUACUUGCAACAUACUUACACUUUUUCUGAUCUGC